UUGUGGGUGUCAUGGCGUCUUACAUGAGUGGGUCUCGGUUUAAUGCUAAAUAACGAUUAAAAGUAGCUAGCUUUAUCACUAGCGCUACAGCUACUCAUCUUGUAAUCAAUUCUCGAGGGGACAUACUGUUGCAAACUGAGAAACCAUCAUGGGGACUGUCCACGCCAGGAGUCUUGAUCCCCUCCCGAUGCAAGGACCCGACCUUGGGGUUCAGGCCGAUGAGGUAGACAUGGUGGAGGUGGAGCCCGAGGCAAAACAGGAAGUUCUUGAAAACAAAGACGUUGUAGUCCAGCAUGUACAUAUAGAUGGACUGGGGAGAACGAAAGAGGAUAUUCUGGGAUAUGAAAUUGCAGAUGUCUUUGCUGCCAAAAACCUUAUCGAUGUGAUGAAAAAAUCCCAUGACGCCAGACUGAAACUGCUGCGCCUGGGCAUCUUCAAACAGGUGGAAGUCGUCAUCGACACCUCACAAGGAGAGGAUGCUCUGCCCAAUGGGCUCGAUGUCACAUUUGAAGUGGCAGAACUGAGAAGGAUGACUGGGAGCUACAAUACAAUGGUCGGCAAUAAUGAAGGAAGCAUGGUACUGGGCCUUAAGCUGCCAAACUUUCUAGGUCGUGCAGAAAAGCUCACCUUUCAAUUCUCGUACGGCACCAAAGAGACCUCAUAUGGACUGUCCUUCUUCAAACCUCAGCCUGGAAACUUUGAUCGCAACUUCUCUGUAAACCUGUACAAAGUCACAGGACAGUUCCCCUGGAGCUCACUGAGAGAGACGGACCGCGGCGUCUCAACAGAAUUCAGCUUCCCCUUCUGGAAGACUCACCACACCCUGAAGUGGGAGGGGGUUUGGAGGGAGCUGGGCUGCCUGGCACGCACCGCAUCCUUCGCCGUCCGAGAGGAAAGCGGCCACUCCCUGAAGUCCUCCCUCUCGCAUGCCAUGGUCAUUGACACCAGAAACUCUACUAUCCUUCCCAGGAAAGGUGCCUUACUGAAGAUCAACCAGGAGCUUGCUGGGUAUACGGGGGGAGACGCCAGCUUCCUGAAGGAGGACUUUGAGAUCCAGCUGAACAGGCGUCUCUUCUGGGAUUCAGUUCUGUCUGCUUCCCUGUGGGGAGGCAUGCUCCUACCCAUUGGAGACAAGCCUUCCAGCAUCGCUGACAGGUUCUAUCUGGGUGGUCCCACCAGCGUGAGGGGUUUCAGUAUGUACAGCAUCGGACCUCAGAGUGAAGGUGACUACUUGGGUGGGGAGGCGUACUGGGCUGGAGGGCUCCACCUGUACACCCCUCUCCCGUUCCGUCCAGGCCGAGGGGGGUUUGGGGACCUCUUCAGGACACACUUCUUCCUCAAUGCUGGCAACCUGUGCAACCUCAACUAUGGUGAGGGGCCGCGGGCUCACCUGCAGAAGCUGGCGGAGUGCAUCCGCUGGUCGUACGGGGCGGGCAUCGUGCUGCGGCUCGGGAACAUCGCCCGGCUGGAACUCAACUACUGCAUUCCCAUGGGAGUCCAGAGCGGAGACAGGAUAUGUGAUGGUGUUCAGUUUGGAGCAGGAAUUCGGUUCCUGUGAUAUCAUCACCCCGCCAGGCCCUGAAGCAGAGCAUUGUGGGAAGACGAGGUUUUUGGCACUCACCUCUUCUGUUGAGUGUAACACUCUCAGAGGGGCUCAAAGCACUCCUGGCCCACAGGGGACACACACACAGUCCUUGUGGUUUUGACCCAGAUCCACCCGUUUAUGUCAUCUGUACAAAUCGUUUUUUCUGUUCAGUCCUUUACGUUACAUGCGUUCAGUAGACGCUCUUAUCCAGAGCAACUUCCAACACAACAGAACAUAAGUGUAUCCAUGUAAGUUAAAUGAAAAACAGUGUCAGACCAGGCUAACCACACUCCCAAACCAGUGAGUGUGAUUGUAUCACCAUUCAGGUCCUACCACAAGUGUACUUGUGCAACCUGACUAGGCAAAUCCAGUCAAAGAAUGAUGCAGAGACUUUUCAUUCCAACACUAAGGCUAACCCCAACAAUUAUCUGGAAAAAGCUGGAAAUGAUUGAGAGUCAGAGUUGGGGGGCAGAAAUGAUUGACACCUGGACCCCCUCUCCCAAGGACUGCAGCCCCUGUGGGCUAGUGGUAGAAACCCAGAGUGCAAUCCACCAUCAGUGCUCUUAUAUGUCAUAUUUAAUACUGUCUGAAUGCACAGAAAUAAAUUGUUACCCUUGA